GAUAGUCAUCGCAUAUAUACGGUUAUAAGUCUAUUUUCAUAAAACUAUAUAAGACCUGGGAAUACUUUUAUUUUGACGUGUUGUGAAUUGAACACGUACCAAAUUGUUUCAUAACUGAUGAAUAUAUAUAAAAAGACUCCGUAAAUGUAUACAUACCUCUUUUGCAAUGGGAAAAAUUGAAAAAUGGAAAUUCUUACUGAUAGAUUGGGCAAGACAAACUACCUUACAUGGUGUAAGGUAUGUGGCAAUAGGGGAUACGUGGAUCCGAAAGUUUAUGUGGUUGAUCUUUGUACUUGUCUGUCUUACUGGUGUUAUACUUCAAAUUAUCGACAGGGUUGGCUAUUUCUACGAGCGUCCAAUCGCUGUGAACGUCAAGAUCAAUUACAACCAGACGCUUGAUUUUCCUGCGGUCACAAUCUGUAAUCAAAAUGCUUUCAGAGCAACUAAAGCGUCUGAAACUCAUAGAUACAGACUAAUAGAACUCCUUUUCUCAACCACUGGAACCAUCUCCCUGCAACAACUGGAACAAUUUAACGCUACAGAUCUUAGUGUAGAAGAAUUAUAUACCUCUCUUGCUCAUACAAAAGAAGACUUCAUAUUAAGUUGUGUAUGGAAGAAUGGCAACUGUAGUCAUGAAGACUUUGAAAUGAUCCUAACAGACCAUGGUGUAUGUUAUAUUUUCAAGAAGAAGAAGCAGGAUAUGCUGGUGUCUUCGUCAGGAGUAGAUUCUGGGUUACGAGUGACAUUGAAUGUUGAGCAGUAUGAGUACAUGACCGGCCCUCAUGAUUCUGCUGGUAUCAAGAUAUUAUUACAUGACUCACGAGAAAUACCGUUCGUGCACGAGCUUGGUCAGGCAGUGCCCACCGGAACACAUGCGUUUGUCGGUGUUAAGUUUAUGACGAUUGACAACCUUCCGAAGCCAUACGGAGAAUGUGAUACAAAGAAGUUGUCACACACAGACUUCUAUACAACCGAGGAAUGUUAUUUAGAUUGUCUAGUUGAUCUGGCAUAUAAGACAUGUGGAUGUAGAGAUAUCUACAUGCCCGACCCCAAAGGGUCAAUACCAGUAUGUACUCUAGGCGCAUACUACUCUUGUCUCGUUGAUCUUAAAGCUGAGUUUUCAAAGUCUUUACGCGAGGAUUGCGGUUGUCCAGUUCCUUGUUACUUGGCCAUUUACGAUCCCUCUGUAUCAUACGCCUCUAUUUCAAACCAUCUGGUCAACAAACUACUGACGUCAUCAGAAGCUACAAAAUUGGUUGAGAAAUUUGAGAACGCCUCAGAGAUUACGUCAAAAAUGGACAAAGACACGUUCGGAUUCUUCCAAGCAAUAGCAGAAACAUUUUACGAUAAGUUUACUCAAUUGAAGGAGGUUAUUUCCUCUAUUGCAAACUGCCUUGCGAAUCAAAAGAAUGUAACGGAAGAGGUGGUUACAGAAAUGACAGACGUGUAUAAUGUUAAAGAUAGGAUAUAUAGAUACCAAGAUUAUUCUAUAGAAAAGAACUUUCUAAGGGGUCGUGAAGCAAUGGAAGAGAGAACCCUUAAUAACGUGGCAAAUGCUUAUGCUGAAUUUGCAUUAGUGAACAAAAGGCGAAUCGAGCGUUUAGCUACCGAGAAUAAUACAGAUUAUUCCAGCAGAUUUGAAUUGUACCAGCUUGUACUUGACUCUCUUACUGUUAAAAAAGAAAUUGCUGAAAAAGCGCGGGAAAAUAUAACCCUUUUACUUAGUUCGUUUAUAUCAGGGACGCCAAUAUUUAAUUAUAAAUUUGAAGAUUUGCCGCUCGCUCAUAAUCCAUACAUCGUUCCUAAACCUUUGAUGAAUUACUCAAUGCAUCACAAUCACUAUAUGCUGAAAUACGUUCCAAAAUUGAAUUCCAGUGACUUUGAUUUAAUGGAUACCGUUCUCAGUAUGUUUAUAGAUCAAGCCACAAUAGCGUAUGAAAACAGGACUGUAAAUGAUACUGAACUGAAUUAUGUAUACGAACGGUUUCAGUAUGCGUGCCGGACAUUUAUGUUUAGUAAAAGCGUUGUAUAUUCGCAAGGGAUAGAACUGCCAACUCGGGUAAUACAGGAAAGAAUGACAAGUUUUAAAAACGAGUGGUCGUCCUUUAAUGCAAACAUUGUUGAUUUAAGACAAAAUUUAAAUGCGUUGGUGACUUUAUUGAGUAAUAUUACCGCAAACAUUUUACCUAAUAUGGAACAAAACAUAGCACUAAUGAAAAAUUAUACAGUCAGCUCUGAAGGCAAUCUUAUGAAUCUAGCUCAUGUUUUCUUAUCAAACGAGACAAAACUAUUGGUUAAUAUUUUAAGGAAUUUUUUCCAAGAAGUUCAAACAAGAGGCCAACAGAUACACGACUUGACAAAUCUUCUGAAUAAACCAGUGAAAAACAUAUGGACAACAAUUAUUACAGACGAAGAUUCCAUAGAUUAUUAUAACUAUACUGAUAAUGCUUUGUUUCUGAGAAAUAUUUCCGUAGUUCUGGAUGAGUGGACUGGAAAAAUAAAUGAAUUACAUGAACUUGAUGUUCGACAACACGUCUUUAACAAAGAUGAGGACUUCUUUAUCGCAAAUGAUGGUGUAACUGUUCAUCUAGAAAAAUUCAAGAAUGACAUUGUUGUUGAUGGGAAGUUCCUCAAGCAGAAUUUUCUACAGUUGGAUAUUUUCUAUCGGCAGCUGAGCUACGAAUACAUAAGUCAACACAAAGCUUACGACUUUUUUGCUUUAAUUUGUGAUAUUGGUGGAGCUAUGGGUUUGUUUAUUGGUGCCAGUAUGUUAACAAUCGUGGAAAUCAUAGACUUGUUCCUUAUACAACUACCAAUAUUUAAACGUAAAGAAGACAAGAAGAAAAACGGCAUAGCAUUAACCUAGUAGCAUAGUGUUUCUGUUACAAGCCUCUCUGACAUAUCAUAAUGUAAAACUACUGAAUAUUGUCAUUCAUGUGCUGAUUAACAUGCCUUAAAAGUUUAUUGAACGAAUAUGUUAACUGUAUAAAUACAACAUGCAUAACGAAUACAUUAGUAGUUAAGGGGGCCACUAUGGGCUGAAACUUAUGGGCUGGAAACUUAUGGACCGGGCACUAUGGGCUGGAUGUUACUUUCGGAAACUUUUGGGCCUGUGUUGGGAAACUUAUGGGCCCGGGGAAACUUAUGGGCCUUUAAUAGAUGGAUAGGGUACACUUAAACCCUUUUAAAGG